GGAAAUUUCCUCUACCGAUACAGGUUAGCUCUUCCCUUCAAUUUAACAGUCAUCAGAUUGUGUGAACUAGGGUACCAAGGUGCUCCAAGAUGAGGUGACCUGUUCAGGGGCACAGAGCCGAGAUGUAUCAGGGAACUUCUUGGCUCCAAGGCUGUCUAUCCUUCACGCUACCCUGCUUCCCACAAGACUUUUAAGAGGAGCUCCAAGGCACCCCUGGAAUCGUGGACUCUGAAGGCCAGAUUCCCUCCUGCGAUGUGGACACCUCCACCUCUCCUGAUUCUCUUGCUGUCCCAUCCGGUCCUGUGGAAAGCACAAGCCAGCUCUCUGAGGAGCACAGCCAAUGAGGCCUACCGUCGAUGGGUGCAGUACCAGGCUCAGUGCCAGGAGGAUCUAGCUGCUGCUGAGCCAUUGGCAGGCCUUGCCUGCAAUGGGACCUUCGACAUGUAUGCCUGCUGGCCCCACUCACCCCCUAACACCACAGCCAGUGCCCCCUGCCCUUGGUACCUGCCCUGGUACCAGGAAGUGACCAUGGGCUCCGUGCUGCGUCUCUGUGGGGCUGAUGGGCAGUGGGGAUCCUGGAGGGACCACUCCCAAUGUGUGUCUCCAGAGAGGGAGCAGGUCUUCCAGGGUCAAAGGCUCAUCCUGGAGAAGCUGCAGGUGGUGUAUACAGUGGGGUACUCACUCUCCCUGGUUACCCUGUUGCUGGCUGUGCUGAUACUCAGCUCCUUUAGGAAGCUUCGAUGCACCCGAAACUAUAUCCACAUGAAUCUAUUCGUCUCCUUCGUUUUCCGAGCAGCUGCCAUUCUCACUAGGGAUAAACUGCUGCCCACCUUGGGCCUUCACACUGGAGGCCCCUCUCAGGCCCUAGCCACUUGCCGAGUGGCCCAGAUUGUGACCCAGUACUGUGUGAGUGCUAACCACACGUGGUUGCUGGUGGAAGGUGUGUACCUGUACAGCUUGCUGGCACUGAUGGCCUUUUCAGAAGAUAGGCACUUCAAAUGCUACCUGUUUCUCGGCUGGGGGGGCCCCGUGCUCUUUGUCGUCCCGUGGGUGAUCUCUCGACACCUCCACGAGAACACUCAGUGCUGGGAACGGAAUGAGAUCAAGGCAAUCUGGUGGAUUAUCCGCAUGCCCAUUCUCGCCACCAUCUUGGUUAAUUUCCUUAUCUUCGUUCGGAUUCUGGGCAUCCUGCUGGCCAAGCUGAAGGCCCACCAGAUGCGUUGUCAGGACUACAGGCUCAGGCUGGCCAGGUCCACACUGACCCUGGUCCCCCUCCUGGGCAUCCAUGAGGUGGUGUUUGCACCUGUGAUAGAAGAACAAGCCAAGGGCACCCUUCGCUACACCAAACUGUGCUUUGAGAUCUUCCUCAGCUCCUUCCAGGGACUCUUUGUCAGCAUCCUAUACUGUUUCAUCAACAAAGAGGUCCAGGCUGAGAUCCGAAAACAAUGGCAGCGAUGCCGGCUGGGCCAAAGUCUCUUGGAUGAACGCCUGUCCCGGGACCGCCACUCUUCUAGCCACGGGGCUGCCCCCUGCCACUCCAUAUGCAGCAGGGGGCUGGGUGGGGAGGGAGAGGAGGCCAGCCCGGCCUCUGAGAGCUCCUGCUAGGAAAGGCUCCAACCACCCCCUGCUUCUCCCAACAAAGAAUCAAAGAUGCAUGUGUGUUUUGCAAAAACGUAAUCGCCACCAUGCCUCUUUUUCCAGCCCUAAUUUGAGGUUUAUAGAGCUCUUUCCUUGGCACAGCCUUGGGCUGCGGAAGGUGAUACAAGGUUGAUUACCCCUGAUUUCCAGAGGGAAGAGGCAAGGCUCCAUGACUUGGCCAGGGGGCGGAGGAAGAGGCAGAACCACUAAGCUCAGAUGACGACAGGCAGGAGCCCCAUGGGUAUAUGGAAGAACAGAAUUAUAGGAUCGGGGAGCUUCAGGCAUCAUUUAAUCCAACCUGCCCGAGC